GACAAAAAAACAUGCAAUCAGCACAAUGACGACCGAUGUAGUGAAAAUCGAACGCACGAACGUGCCACCGAUGUCGGUGGACGAAACGACGAACGAUGCGAGCAUGGCCAGCUGCAACAGCGUCGUCAGUGGACAGGCCGCCGGUGUUGGUGGUGGUGCCGGGACACCGAAAGAAUCGGCCAAAUCGCAAAAUAUACGGCGAACGAUUACGAAGCCAACGUUCGAAAAGGAUAAGUGCAGCUUUCUGAAUGAUCUGCAGAUGUUCCAUGAGAAGCAUGGUACACCGUAUCUGAAGCUGCCCAAGAUCAGUGGUAAGGAUGUGGAUCUGCACAAGCUUUACUCGAUCGUUAUCGGCCGCGGUGGUUGGAUGAAGGUAAAUGCUCGGGAGGAUUGGGACGAGGUAAUAGAAGAACUGGAUCUACCGACCCGGUGCGUAAAUAAUGAAAUCGCUCUCAAACAAAUCUACAUCCGCUACCUGGAUCGAUACGAACGGGUAAACUUCCACGGUGAGGAUAAAGAUCCGAACGAAGAUGACGACGACGAGAAGCGACUUCACAAACGGUGGUCCGUCCGUAUGCUGCACUCCACCCCGUCCGUGUACAACCAUCACCAGCACAAUGUGCCGGAAGGGUUACGCUCUUCGUUGAAACUUUCCGAAGAUCUGUACCGUGCGUCCGAGUACGAUAAGCUUAUCCUGUCGCUACUGUCACCCUUACCGAACGAGCAAGAUUUCGCAAUUAAUGUGUGCACGCUAAUGUCCAACGAGAACAAGCACACGCUGAAGGUGGAUAAGUGUCCACGGUUGGUGUACGCACUGUUGGCUCAUGCUGGAGUUUUCAACCAUUUUUCCCUGAGGGACACAUUCGACGAAUACUAUUCAAACAUCCGGAAGAACUCGCUGCAACGCUUCUGGAAGGAAUGUCUUUUUGAAAAGCCGCAAGUGUUGGAACUAUCGCUGGAAGAUUGCUUCGCCAAGAUGGGCACCGAUCCGAGCGCACUGAUCGCUUCCAUCUAUCACGAAGAGCAGGAAGAAAUGGACACAAAAUCGGGCACAGAAAAUGACGGUGAAACAGAGAGCGAUUUUGAGAUCAUGAAUGGACGACUAAAUAUGGCAUCACUUCGUUCGUUUCUUAGUCUGGGAACGGGGCUUGGUACGAACGAUUACAUUGGACAGCGCGUGCUGCAGAUCGCUUCCAUUUUUCGGAACUUAAGCUUCAAUGAGGAAAAUCUUCACUUACUCGGCCGCAACCGUACCUUCAUUCGGUUUCUUAUUAUGUGCGCUAAUGCACGAUGGAACAAUCUUCACCAUCUGGGAUUGGAUAUGCUCGGAAACAUUGCCAAUGAGAUCGACAUAAAUGAUCCACAGUCGGAUGAAGUGACGCGAUGUCUCGUGUCGACGCUUUCGGAAGGACUGGAAGGUGCGGAUCGGGGUGUUAUCAUUAGCUGCCUGGAAGUGCUUAGUAAAAUAGCGCAAAAAGAGUCGAACGAAGAAAAUCUUAACCGAUGCCUCAACCAGAAGCUGUACGAUCAAAUAAGUCUGUUUCUGUGCUUGAACGAUAUUAUGCUGCUACUGUACACGCUGGAAUGUAUUUACUCACUGACUUCGAUGGGAGAGAAACCCUGCAGUGCGAUCAUGCACAUCCGGGGCGUGAUUGAUACACUCGUUUCCUUGGUGACGGUGGAAGCGCAGAGUUACGGCCCGGAUGCGUGCAUUCUGAUGCGUGUAGUUGAAACCAUCCCGGGAAAUAUGGCCACACAUGCGCAAGGCACUUUUUAUCAAAAUGGUCAAAUGGGACAAACGAAUCCACCACCCACCAUGACGCAACUGACCGUUCACAAAGAUGGUGGACAGAUACCAGGGACAGCCGCAACUGUCGGUGGUCAGAUAAAUCCUAAUCAGCACGUUGUAUAUCCAACUCCCGAAGUACCUAAGCUUCCUUCCCUGACUAUCACGAGCAAACCAGUGCCAUCGCCACCAGUCGUACAACAACCCCAGCAACAACAGAUGGUGCAGCAGCAACCUGCUGCUCCCCAACCCGCAGUGCAGCAGAAUCAACCCGUUGCUUCAAAUAAUACCCAGAUCGUUACCGUCCAACGUCCACCAGCAGCCGAUUCUCCACAAAUUCCCGUCAAUGUAAUUGUUCGUCCCGAUCCAGCAUCGACCGUUACGCACAGUGGUAUAGUUGCGAAUCAACCAACAACAACUACGACAAGCACACCCACUCAACACGGACACCCGGGACACGUGCAGCAAACCAUUGCACCCGGCGGGGUGGUCAUUCAAAGUCCUUCCGCUGCACCAUCGUCGAUCGCGGCCAAACACAUACAGCAGCAACAAGCGCAGGAAAGUGAACAGUUUGCGUACGCUUGGCUGAGGGCAUCGUUUGAAGCUGCCCCGGCCGUACGUAUGGAGCAGCAGGAGCUUUACAAGCUGUAUUUAGCUACGAACGGAAAGCUGGGCCGUAAGGUGAUUGUUCCACUUUCGCACUUUCCACGGUGUGUGCGUGCCGUGUUCGGCGGAACGGUGGGUCCAGUGCAGUUAAAAAUGGAGCAGAAUGGCGUUGAAACGAUUGGAUACUACUACGAGGGUUUAAGGAUGCGCUCCAAACCAUUACCGAUCGUGCACAAAGGGACAGUGGUGACACCUGCCGUAGACCCCUGUACCUCGACCAGUACGGGCACUAGUAGUAAUAGUAGUAACUCCGGCACGUUGACCAAACAGGACGAACAAAGCCAUAAUCAAAUAACCACUACCAGUUGUACUGCUACGAUCACCACCGUUACAACGCAAAGCGCCACGAUCGGUCGCGAGUUGAUUUCCAGCACAACCAUCAAAUCAAACACCACAAAUCUAAGUAACAGUGGGAUAACAUCCGGACGAUUGCUUGACGGUACCGCAGGAACGUUUCGUUCCUCAUCCGUUAUAGCGAUGGCACCACCCAGUAGUUCCGCUAAUACAUUACCAUCAGCACCACUAAAGCCACCGCAAUCCGUGCUGCAUAAAACGAUACCUCUCCAGACGGUUAAAUCCUCGCACCAACAAGCACAACCGAAAGCAAUCUUACACUUUACCCAGGCUCAGUCGGUCGCUAGUGUUGGAAGCACAGCAUCACCAUCGUCGGGAGGAUCUUCAACGAUCGGCAAGCAGAUCAUAGUCACGCAAAUGGGUGGCAAAAGUGUCGUUAUCAAUAAAGCUACGUCCGGCCAACAGCAUCAGUACAUACCGACGACACCUUCAUCACCAUUGCUUCAGCAAGUUCUGAGCAGCGAUCAGAAGAACAACGUAAUUGUGGUAAAUCAGACAACCAUCUCCCCACAGCCAGCAGGUACGAUCCACAGCAGUCCGGGACUGAGUGCACAUCUGCAAACCGGCACCGGUACGACUACGAUCAUGAACCAGUCCGGAACGAUCAGCUCGACGACGACGAACCCAUCCGCACUGAUCAAGAGCCUGCUGGCGAACAAGGUAACGACAGCGGUCACCGACAGUACGCUCUCCGCUGCUACCGUUGGCUCGGCCGCUGCUGCCGUUGCUGCUGCUGCUGCUGCUGCUGCUCCUUAUUCCAGUAGUUUGUCCACUACUACCAUCACCAAUUCUCCUACUACCAAUUGUUUGAUUGCACCGAAUGUUAACGUGCAUCAGGUGGCGCAAAGACAACAAAUGCAGAAACAGAAGCAAAUGAUCGAACAAAAGCUUCACCCGAACAGUUCGAUCAAUCCAUCGGUCGUUGUAACGUCCAACAAUCCGAACAAUCUGACCAACAUUAAGGUGGGCAAUUCGACCAUUUCCAUCAAACCGGGCACACUGCCCACCAACACGGUCAUAACGGCAACGAAUCCGCACGAAACAUCAUUUAAUGCGCCACCUCCGCUAGCACCACUCAGUCAAUCGGGCAUCCAGCAGGGUACGAUCAUCAAAACGAUUGCCGCCACGCAUGAACAGAUUCAGCAUCAUGCGGCAUCCACCACCGGUAAACUGUUGCCAAACAAGGUGCUUUCCGAGUUGCUCGAAAAGAAGCCGGGUGAAAUGAUCAUUGCCGGAGAGACGACAAUAAAGCGAAAGUUCGAUCUUACCGACACAUCGAUGGAACCUCCAACGAAGCGGCUGGAAGGUGGGGCAACAAAAACUGCCGAUCUGUACGCUGAGCUGGCCGGUUCAAUAACGGAAGGGGAGGAAAUGGAGGAGGCAUCUGCACAGGAGGCGGAACAGCAGCUUGCUGCUAAGGUGAAGCUACAACAAAUAACACACCAACAGCAUCAACAACAACAACAACAACAGCAACAACAACUGCAACAGCAGCAACAGCAAAUGAUUUCAAUGCCAGUUUCGAUGCAACGACAGAUAAUUGUAACACCCAACAGCAGCCAGCCAAUGAUUAUUUCUACACCAACCGCAAAUGUCACCAAUAAUCCCGCUCAGCAGCAUCAGCAGCAACAGCAAUUAACAUCGCAAACGACGGCAACAAUUAAAACGGACAGUGGAUUCCAAACCGUGCCGAUCAUCCUGCAGCACAAUGCAAUCGGUGGCGGUGCAUUACAAUUGCAAAAGGCAACUGCACCGGGCGGGGCAAUCAUGCAACCAUCCGUACUGGCUACGCAACAUCAGCAACCGACCCAAUACAUUCUUGCUACCAAUCCGCAAGGGCAAACGUACGUCGUGGCACAGCAACCGCAACCCCAGCCACAGCUACAGCAAACGGUUCUGCUCGCCCAAGGACAACAGCAUGGCGGAAGUGGCCAGAAAACAAUUAUCAUCGUGCAGCAGCAACAACCACCAUCCGGUUCCGGUAUCGGCCAGCAAAUGACAAUGCAAGGCGCGAUGGCACAGAACCAGGGACAGACGACGCAAAAGAUUUUCCUUAACCAACAGGGUCAGCAGAUCCUGAUGACACAGCUACCUCGCCAGAUGAUCGUUAGCCAUGCCGGUCCGUCGGUAUCGGGUGGAGCGACAAUCAUCACGUCCAGUGCACCUUCGAUGAUGCCGGGCACUAGUGGGACGACAAUGAUCGCCACUGCCGGUGGUAGUGGUGGGACCAUUAUCGAAAAGAAACCGAUCUACAUCACCACGAACGCACAGGGCAACACGAUCAGCUUCGAAGGACCACAAACGCAACAGUUGCAGGUACAAGCGAUGCAACCGAGUGGAUCGACCGGUGGUGGUGGAGGAGGCGGUACCUUCCAGAUUAAACCGUACGCAAACGUUGGUGUGCAUGGACAGCAGCAGCACAUUAUUCAGCAGGCGAACUUAUCGACGGGUGGACCCGUUGGUCAGCAAACGAUACAAUUCAUCCAACAACCGGGUGGAACAUUGGUGCAAGCACAAGGACCGUCAACAACGCAAAAUUUGCACACACCCACACAGCAGAUCGUUUUCCACGGUGCACAUAGUAGCAGUUCGGGCGGACCACAGAUCAUCCAGCAGCAAAUCAUACAAUCUGCCACGGUGCAGCAAACAGGUCAGCAUAUCGUGCAGAAGGUGCUUCAUCAGCAGCAACCGCCACAGCAACAUCUAAUACAUGCGACCAUGAAACAGAAUCCGUCGCAGAUAAUCACCGUGCAACAGCAGCAACAGAAACAACCGGUUGCAACUAUUACCUCGCAGCAGCAACAUCCACAACAGUUGCCUUCGGGCUUAUCGAUUCAGCGGCAAACAGGAGCACUCUCCCAAUCGAUCGUGCCAGCGAAGCCUGUCCCGGUGCCAAACGUUGGCCCGACAGUAGUCGCAUCAGUCUCAACACCUCCCCCACCACCACCACCCACUCCAGGGCUGCCCGGUGGCAAGCAGCCAAUCAUUCAAGUCGUUCAGCAAAAGAUGCCGCCUGCGAACCAAGGUGUCGUUGUUCGUCCGCCUGGCGGAGCAAACGUUCCCCAUCCAGCAACACAAGUCACACAAACGAUCGUUACAAGUCAACCAUCGAUCACGGUUACGCCGAUUCCGGCACAACCGAGUGGAAACGUUCCAACGGCAACCAUUACCAGCGCAACCCAGGCAGCUCCCGUAGCCUCAAUUGCUGGACAAUCGAUACCGGGUCCAUCAUCCACAGUGACUGGGCCAACAUAUACACCGACACCGACACCGGCACCGGCACCGUCUACAUCAUCCGCGCCCAUCACCAACACAAUCACUAUUCCGGUGUCGGUGGCAACGGGCAGUGGCAGUACGAGUACCUCGAUCCAAAUGAUCCCCGCAAUGGAUCCGACCAAAAUCGUGGAAGAGGACGUCGAUCCGAGCUGGCCGUGGGUUUGCGAUUGGCGCGGCUGUCCACGGAAAAAGUUCCAAUCGGCAACGGAAGUGUUUCGGCACGCGUGCACCAUCCACUGUCCCGAUACGGUCGAUGUGAGUGCGGACAUUUACUGUCAGUGGGGACCGGGACCGAAUUUGUGCGACAAUUUGCCACGGAAACGAUUCUCGCUCAUGACACAUAUUCUCGAUCGACAUUGUACGGCGGAUUCUUUCAAAGCGGCCGUUCAACGGAGGCUUGCCGGUGGACCACAGCAACCGGUACAACCGUACCCGGUUACGUUGGUGCGCCAAGCGGGAUCGGGUAGUGGGAAUGUGGCGGGAGCAAACAGUUCGUCAGCUGCUGGUGGAUCGGGUGAGCGUGGAUCACCGGCACCGGCCUCUUGUACAAAAGUGGAGUCGAGCAGUGCGGCGGAGGGUACAGGAAGCUCCAACGGACCGGGUCAACUAUCUGCGGCCGGUCCGGCAGCAAUGCAUGCGAUCAAGCGUUAUUCCAUGGAUUAUAUAAAUUCGAAGGAGUUUCAGGAUGAAAUGGAAGGUCCGGUAACGAAAAGUAUUCGCCUUACAUCUGCCCUGAUCUUACGGAAUCUGGUGGUUUACACGAAUUCGGCGAAACGAAGUCUCCGCAUGUACGAAGCACAUCUGGCCGGUGUAGCGCUCAGUAACGUCGAGUCGAGCCGCACCGUUUCUCAGCUUCUUUUCGAAAUGAACGACACAGGGCCAAAUUACUAAUUAUGGAAGAUCUAUUCGG